UCUUCAGAUCUAGGCAUUUGUGACGUUCCACUCGGAGAGACUCCGAGAGAGAGGCUCCGAGGUACAACCCCGCAGCUGGGAUUUCACGAGGAGCUGGAGCAAGCCGCUCAUAUUUUAUUUCCAGAGGUUUUACUGCACCAGGGUGACCUUUCCCAUGCGGAGGAAGGGUUCAGAGGGCUCCUCUGACUCACGGACACGUGGCUCAUGCCCUCAGCUCCCAGGGGUGGAGGCCCAGCAGCCCGACAGCAGGACUGGUCAAGCAAGCAGCCUUGCAGCAACUGGUCAGCCUCCAGCAGUUGGUGAGCUCUUCUGCAUCCGUGGUGCCUUCUGACUGUGGUGACUUCUGCAUCUGUCUGCUCCCCAAAUGGAGUAUGCCUGGUACUGGCUCGAUGAUUCUGGGCAGUGGAUUGAGUAUGGGAAAGAGCAUCCAGAGCACUGCUGUGCCACGGUGACAUCUGCAGAUCUGGAGGAGCUGUUUCUAGCUGACCAGAAAGGCUUUGUGCUCUUCACGGCUGGGUCUCAGAAGUAUAAAUUAAACCUUAAAGAUAUGGUCCAAACAAAUCUGACCUAUGAAACUCAAAGAAAAGUUGCCCGACUGCCAAAAUUUCUGUCCUGUCAAGGUGGGCAGGACAAAAGCCAAAACUUGAUUCUUACAUGUUCUGUUUUUCCUCCACAAUGGGACCAAUCUGCAUUGCCCGAUAUUGGGUUCAAGUUAGUACAGCUCAGCCCCGCUUCCUGUGAAUAUGAAAAAAUUAAGAGACUGUUUGAGAAGACGAUGAAAGAUUAUUGCAUCCUGCAGCUGCAGAGGAUCCAGAACCCAACACUUUGGCAAGUUUUUCAGUGGCAAAAGGAGAAGAUGAAGAAGCUCAGUAGGUCAGAAUGGGUGGAUGAGCGGCUCCUGUUCCAUGGGACAAGUCCGUCCCAUGUGCCUGCCAUCUGUGAGCAGAAUUUCGACUGGAGGAUCUGCGGGACUCAUGGGACAAUGUAUGGACAAGGAAGCUACUUUGCCAGAGAUGCCAGCUACUCUCACGAGUACUGCUCCUCUCUCAGAGGUCGCUACAGCAUGUUUGUAGCUCGUGUUCUUGUUGGAGACUUUGUUCAGGGAAACCCCAAGUACCUUCGCCCUCCAGCCAGACCUGGCAAUUCUAACAGACUUUAUGACAGCUGUGUGGAUCACCUGACAGACCCUUCCAUCUUCAUCAUCUUUGAGAAGCACCAGAUUUACCCUGCCUAUAUCUUGGAGUACAGUGCACAGGCCCGGUGUAUGAUCCUGUAAAGAAUGGCAGAAUCUCCUUUCAAUUGCUACUCAAUAAAUUACAUUCUAGCUC